AUGGCAUUGACUCAUGCAUCCAGAGAUCCAUACUCAUUCCCUAGAUUUCAAGGGGAUGAUGACUACAUGGGGAAAAGGUCCCCACAGACUGUAUGUUAUCCAGUACCCACACAUCUAGCCCAACGCCAACCACCCUGGAAUCGUAUCAGCAAUCAGCAUACACUCAGUUCAGCAAGGAGACAGGUCUAUCACUUUGACCCAUCUGCACCACGCGAUGACUUGGACUUUGUUCUGAAAUCAACUUAUAACCAACACAAAGAACUGCUGAGGAACAAAAACGAAGUUGUUUUCCAGCCAGAGACGUUUACUGAUGACCAUGGACGAGUGUUGAAGAAUCGGAUAAAAGCAGAACCUGAGAAGAAGAUGCCGCUGAAUCACCCCCUUAUUGUCACAAGUCAGAAGAAGAAAGAAGAUAUCAAUAGUGUUAAGAAUGCAGUUGCAAGUCAUCAUACAGAGACCACAAACAAGGGAUAUUCCAGAAGACCAGAUGGAGGAUUUUAUUGUUCUUGA